GGUUAUUUGCUUGCUCGGCCAUUCUCCUGAUGGUACUUCCAACAUCGUACACUCUGCGUACGCUCCUGUUUCUAACUGCUGCAGUACUUCUGUCGUACGCCAGCAAACCUGCGAGCGGCAUGAGGAUAUCUGUAGUCACGGGAGCAAAUAAAGGGAUCGGUCUCGCCAUCGCCAAGAAGCUCGCGGGUGCCCCCGGGCACUUGUGCGUCCUGACCUCCCGCACGCCAGCCCUCGGCCAGAAGGCGGUGGACGACCUCAAGGCGGAGGGGCUGGAGUCGGUGCUCUACAAGCAGCUGGAUAUCGGAGACCCGGCCUCCGUCGAGCGCUUCGCCUCGGAGUUGGAGCAGGAGUUCGGGAGGUGCGACGUCCUCGUCAACAACGCGGGGAUCGCCUUCAAGGGUUCAGAUCCGACCCCGUUCAAGGAUCAAGCGGAGCCGACGCUGAAGACGAACUUUUUCGACACCGCUGCGUUCACGGAGAAAAUGCUCCCGCUCGUGAGAAAGAGCGACGCCGGCCGGGUUGUUAACGUUGCCAGCAUGGCCGGCCACCUGUCCAUAUUGGGGAGUCAGGACCGAAGGAAUGCCUUCACCAACCCCGCUCUCACCAAGGAAAGGUUGUCUGCCAUGAUGGCGCAGUUCGUCGGCGACGUUAAGGCCGGCCGGCACCAGGGCGGCGGGUGGCCCAACACCUGCUACGGCAUGAGCAAGCUUGGCGUCAUCGCCUACACCAAGGUUGAGCGGCUCGACCCGUGCCAGGGAGCACAUGCAUGAGAACGCCUCUUGGCAACGAAACGACAAGCAGGGUUGCGGCGAGACUCGAGCGAGAGGCGGGCUCAACGGUGGCAAUAAAUGCGUGUUGCCCAGGAUACUGCGACACCGACAUGACAUCGCACCGGGGAACGCUGACACCCGAGGAGGGGGCCCGAACACCCUUCAUGCUCACGCAAAUGAAGAGCGUCGACGAAGGGGGGCUGACGGGGGAGUUCUUCCGCAGAGAGGCCCUGGCGGAGUGGUAGAAGAGAUGUGGCGGAGUGGUAGUGUAGUAGAGAUGAAGCAUUGGAGCGAAUAAAAAUGACAACAGGCAGAAAAAAAAAAUUGCCGAGAGAGGAGAGGCAGUAGAGUUAUGAAAGCUUGCGUUGUAAUCGUGCGGCGUGCGACUCUUGUUUUUGCUUUGUUGUGGAUUGAUUGUGUUUGGGGAGUGAUGGCAAAGAACGCAUGCAUGUCUACCGGUGAAACUUGUUCUAAGCUAACAUUGUUGCCGUCGAGUGCAUCGCGCCCUUGUCUUGUUGAACCGCUGGGUUGCAGAGGGGGGCACACAAAAACGUGGUAAGUUUGUUAUGUGUGAGACGGGAGAAACGCGGGGAUGCUCCCGCGCAAAGUGAUAUCUUCCGAAGCAACUGGAAAGGUCCCCCGAAAGCUUCCGCGCGAAACUCUGGACCUUCCGCUCACAUGUUUCCGCGGGAAUUUUUCGCUCAGGAUUCCCCCCGGGUGAUGUUUCUCGUCGAGAGUUUUUAUCGUGUGUGUGUUUGCCACCUAUUAAUAGUUUAGACGGCAGCACUCGUCGGUGCUCGUGACCCAGGUAGGACCGUGGCGGGGGAGGGUGGAUGAUGUCACACGUCGACCAGGGAUUUUUGGCCAAAUCAGAAGUCUCCUUUAAAAAAAUUGAACGAUCAGAAAACUGUGGGCACCUGAUUGCCGACGGUUCACAAUUCAUCGGCAACCUUGUGUUGUGUAGAGGGAGGACGGUGCGCCGAAGGAGAGGUGGGGGCCUACAACAGUAGCAAACCUGAAGAGGGCUGCCGUGAGUUGUUGAGGAUGUUCAGUGAGAGAGAGAGAGAGAGGAACAGUUCCUG